AUGUUCUUCUGGGGAAGCUACAACUUUCAAGAGCCGCAGUUGUCGGAGAACCCCGACCGACCGCCGCUGCGCUACCCCGGAUAUCUACCCCCCUCCCUCGCAGUGCUGCGACGCAGCACACCUGCGAAACCAAACGCCACCGCCACCAGUUCUCUCCAAUCCGAUGUCGCAUCGGUACAGGAAACGCUUCGGAGCAUCACAGCAAUGCGCAUGCAGGUCCACCACAUUGCGUGCGGCGUGAAGCACCUUGUGGCGGCUGUGAGCCUUGUGCCGGUCGCCGAGGCAGCACUCGCCGGGAACGGCAAGACUGUUAUUGCACUUUAUGGUAUGGGCAACAACGAGUAUGGCCAGCUGGGUCAUCAUGUAGCGAACUACGCAACCGCGCUGACGCAUCUGCAUCUCGAAGACUUGAUGGAGGGCACCGUCGUCAGCGUCGCGUGCGGGGCUCGACACACAAUCGUUUGCACCUCGACGGGCUGUGUGUACGUUGCCGGCGACAACUCGUUCCACCAGCUGGGACUGCCUGGGCAAAUGGUGAAGCCGCGGCCGCGGGGUGGCACAUACGCGCCGAGCUUCACUCAGCUCAAAAACCUUGCGCACGUGAAGGCCGUGUACGCUAGUGGCAACGCAUCCUUCGCGCUCGACCGGCACGGUCAGGUAUACUCGUGGGGUGAGUCCAGGUACGGCCACCUUGGCCACAACGACAACGGGGAGCGGCUAGACAUGCAUACCCUCAAGACCGUCUCGAUAGACGUUGAGACGCCGCAACUGAUGCGCUGGUUCGAGCGUCACCGCGUCAUGAUCGUCAAGGUGGCUGUGGGGCGGUCGCACGUGGUCUGUUGUAGCGAGGAGGACGUCUACACGUGUGGUGAGCCUCUUUUCGGAAAGCUUGGGCACGGCGACAUCGACCCGCGUCUCGAGCCUACGCGCGUGGAGUUCCCGCCGCGCAAGCAAGCGGAACGGCUUCUGGACAUCGCGGCCGGCGAUGACCACACUCUUGUUCUCAAGGAGAACCCGCUCAUCGGGUCUGUGGUGUACUUCUUUGGCAAGCUCAGCAACGGAGAUGGCCAGCUGCGGCCGACUAUUGUGCAGCUGCCAACAACUGCGGUGCGGUCGGUGAUGGCUGGCCGCGGCACCUUCUGCGCUGUCAUUACACAGGGGAGGGAGCUCUACGUUUGGGGCAAGCACGCCUACACGAAGGUGUACAAUGGCACGAAUGCGGCGGCGUCCCGCACGCAGCCCAGCAAGGUGCAGCUGCUCGAGCCGUACGCGAUUGAUGGUGUGGUGUCGGGGGGCACGUUUGUGGUGGCCUAUGCCGGUGCAGGGACUGUCAUGCGACCCGUGCUCGACCCCGCCGCAGCGGGCGACGGAAAGGGCGCGAUGAAGGAGGGGGACGACACGACAAAUGAGGAGGCGGUUGCGGUAACAAGGGCAGCGCGCAGUUGGGACGUCGUUGUCCCGCAUGACGCUCGCGUCGGCCGCGAUGGGCUCGGCGAUCCAGAGGAACUGUACGAAGAGGGUUUACGGGCUCUUCUGCGCCAGUACCUCGGCCCCGCGUUAGGAAAUGCUUACGUGGCGCAGCUUCCGGUAGCACCCCCCCGCUCCUCCGCGCCAGUAUACCAGUUUGACCACAUCGCUGUCAAGGACUUAAGUCGCGGGCAGAAGGUGCGGCUUUGGAUGACGAACAUCUACGCCCUUGGCACGAUCGUCGACGAGCUGGCUGACCAGCCACCAGGUGCGUCUUCUUGCCAGGCACGUGAGACAUCCACCUCUAGCGCCGCUACCGCCGUCGUCCCCCACACACCUUCUCAGCAUGAUGAGAGGAGUCAGGCGGCUGCUUCGACUCAGCCAGGUGUGACAGUGGAGGAGGAUGCCGAUAAAGACUCCUCCGCCUCACCCAAGGGGAAGCGGGUGAAGGUGGAGUGGCAACGCGACGACUGGAGUGACGAGGUAGUCACACUCUACUCCGAGGACGAAACACUCAACGAGGAGAACGCCAACCGCUGGCAGCCAUUCUGGUUUGAGCAGAAUCCUGAGGGUGAGUAUGUGGUUCCCAAGAACAAGUGA